AUUUGAGCUGUAUUUUUUCCAUUUUUUUACACAAGAAUUCAUAUUCCAUUUUGAUUUUGAUUUCAUUAUCAACGAAAAUAAUGGAAUCAAAUAAUGCAUUCAAAGAGGCACUAUUACGUGCAAGACAGCUUGCUGCAAAAAUAUCACAACCAGGUACAGUGGGAGGAGGUGUUGGUGCAGCUGUUGGAAUGAAAAGGCCGAACGAUGAUGAUGCUGAUUAUUCUCCUGAUGUCAAAAAAAUUGAUUUGGGAUCAAAAUUAUCGGCGAUGAAAAAUGCACCGAAACCAAUGAAAGAUCAACUGUAUCUAACUGGGACAAUUUUUAAUGGAGAAAAAAUACUUGAUCUUUUGAUUCCAGGUAAUAAAGUUGGUUUCGUUAUUGGUAAAGGUGGUGAAAUGAUUCGCAAUCUUCAGGAAAGGGCUGGUGUUAAAAUGGUUAUCUAUCAGGAAACAAAUGAAGGGGAUCGCGAAAAACAGUUACGAAUCAGUGGUGCACCAGAUAAAGUGGAUCACGCCAAACAAUUGGUGAAUGAUUUAUUGGUGGAAAAAGAACUAGAAUUAGCUAAUCGAUCAUCGAAAAAUAAUAAUAAUACUAAUAAUAUGAACAACAACAAUAAUAAUAACAAACUUUUCACGCCACUCAAUGAAUAUGGCUCAGCUAGAAUCACCUAUUUUGAGUAUCCUGUUUCACCACAAUUGAUCGGUUUGGUCAUCGGUAAGGGUGGUGAAACUAUAAGAAAAAUUCAAGCCGAUUCCGGAUGUAAAGUACAAUUUGAUACGACAAAAGUGGAUGCACAAGGAAAUAAAAUCUGUCAAUUCACCGGAACACAAGAUGCAGUAAAUAGAGCAUUAGAUAUGGUCAAAGAAAUUAUCGACACUGUAACUGGUGGUCAGGGUUCAAUCGAUGAGAUUAGAUUAGUGGUUCCCACCUCACGAACUGGUACAGUAAUUGGUCGUGGUGGUGAAACGAUUCGUGCAUUGAAACAACAAUCUGGUUGUAAUAUCGAAUUGGAUAAGAAUUUUCAAUCCGAUAAUGAUGAAAAAUGUUUCAUUAUUCGUGGUACGGCCGAUAAGAUUACUUAUGCUCAACAAUUGGUUACCGAUAAAGUUGGUGGCCAUGCAACGGUCUUGAUGAAUACAUUGGCCAACAAUCCAAUGUAUGCUGCGGCAGCAACGGCCGCAGCAGCUGCUAACAGUACUGAUGGACAAUAUGGUUAUCUCACCAAUCAGAUUUAUGCCAAUCAAAUUGGUCAAUCACAAUAUUAUUGGCCACAAACAUCAUCUGAUCCCAAAUCUGUUCAAGAUCAAUAUGCGAUGUGGGCCGCUUAUUAUGCACAAUAUUAUCAACAAGCAAAUGGUGCAUCAUCUGCUGCUACUGCUGCCCCUGAUCCACAACAUCAACAGCAACAACAGCAGCAGCAGCAACAACAACAACAACAAGCGGCUUGGGCGGCCACUUCUGGACAAGAUAAUGAAUCCGUUUAUCAACAGUGGAUCGAGUAUUAUAAAGCAUGCGGCAUGACCAAAGAGGCGGAAGCAAUUGAACAAAAACUUAAAGAGUAUAAAAACGCUAAAGCACAUGGUAAAGAUGACAAUAAUCAUUCACAUAAUGGAAAAUCGCCCAAAUAAUCCAUUAUCAUGGCAAGGUAAAUAUUGAAAAUUUUCUCUCAUUCUAUUUCUAUAUACAUAAAUCUCCCACAAUUCGUUCUCUUGA